AUGAGUACUCUCCCUAUCAAGGAAGAAAUCGUCGACCCAACAGACAACUUAGAUAUACCAACAAACAGUACUACUGCUAUGAUGAUUCCUGUAAGCAGUAGCAAUGUUUUUUUUGGUUCUUGUUUUGAUUAUAGUGAUGAUGAUAUGGAAGGAAUUAGUCCAUUGAAAAAGAUGAGAGCAGAAGCUGCUUUGCCAGUAGGGUUUGUUGAUCCUCUUCCUCCCGAAGAGCGUGCGGCAUGGCAACAGUCUCGUAUUAAUGCUGGCAAGGCUAGUAGUAUUGGUUUUAUUGCUCCUUUGCGGUCGGUUCGUCCAAAAGCCGAGUAUCGUGACGUACCUUUUUCGCGCAAUGAUCAGCUGGUAGUAGUGGCUGGAGAAAAGCAGGUUGUUGCUCCUGCUAAUAUUCCAAGUUGUAAGCAGUUCUGGAAAGCUGGAGAUUAUGAAGGCAUUGAUGGUGGUUUUUCUGCUGUUGGCAUGGAUCAUGUGAGGGUUCACCCAAAAUUCUUGCAUUCAAAUGCCACCAGUCAUAAAUGGGCUUUGGGAGCUUUUGCUGAGCUUCUAGACAAUGCUAUGGACGAGGUUUGCAAUGGAGCUACCUAUGUCAGCGUAGAUGUGCUUGACAACAAGAAAGAGAAGGGCAAAAUGUUAUUAGUUGAAGAUAAUGGCGGUGGAAUGACUCCUGAUAAAAUGCGCCAAUGCAUGUCUCUUGGAUAUUCUGCAAAAAGCAAAUUAGCAAAUACCAUUGGCCAAUAUGGAAAUGGUUUCAAGACCAGUAGUAUGAGACUAGGGGCAGAUGUGAUUGUAUUCUCGCGUUGUCAGGGAAGGGACGGAACAAGCACAACACAAAGUGUUGGAAUGUUGUCAUAUACAUUUUUAAGGAGCACAGGAAAAGAAGAUAUUGUUGUUCCAAUGAUUGAUUUUGUGAAGAGAGAAGAAACUUGGGAAAUGCUGACUCGAUCUUCAGUUGAUGACUGGAAAAGAAAUUCAGAAACGAUAGUACAAUGGUCUGCUUAUGAAAGUGAAGAGGAUCUCUUCCAGCAGUUUGAAUUAUUGAAUGAUCAAGGCACACGAAUUAUCAUAUACAAUCUUUGGGAGGAUGAAGAAGGAGCAACAGAACUUGACUUUGACACCGAUCCACAAGACAUUCAAAUCAGGGGUGUUAGUCGAGAUGAAAAGAAGAUUGAGAUGGCAAAACAAUAUCCUAACUCCAGGCAUUUUCUAACUUAUCAGCAUUCUUUAAGGAGUUAUGCUUCAAUUUUGUAUCUGAGGCUAGCUCCUGGAUUUCGAAUAAUUUUGCGGGGAAAAGAUGUUGAACAUCAUAAUUUGGUAAAUGACAUGAUGUUAUCUGAGGAAAUCACCUACAGACCGCAACCCGUUGGUGAUGAAACAUCCAAGGAUCCAAAUGCGGUAGCUGUGGUAACCAUUGGUUUUGUGAAAGAUGCAGAACAUCACAUUGAUAUUCAAGGUUUCAAUGUUUAUCACAAGAACCGGCUAAUUAAGCCUUUCUGGAGGGUGUGGAAUGCUGCUGGAAGUGAUGGUCGUGGCGCGAUAGGUGUCUUAGAAGCUAAUUUUGUCGAACCAGCUCAUGAUAAACAGGGUUUUGAGCGCACAAUUGUCCUAGCUAGACUUGAGGCUCGUUUACAAGCGAUGCAGAAGAAGUAUUGGUCUUCAAACUGCCAUUUAAUUGGUUAUGCUAAGCGUCGCAAUGUAAAGAACAGUGUCUCUCCUGAGAAAGAAACGAACACUUGUGCUAACAGCAAGUCCUGUUCCCGGUUUUCCUCCAACGGCCACACAACUUAUAAUGACAAAUCUAAAUCCAAAUCCACUGGAGGAGAACACGAGAAGGGACCAGUUCAUUCUUCAACACAAGCGAGAAACCAGACUAUGUCUGGAGAAACUCAGCAAGCGCGUUUAUCAAAUAAGCAAACUGCUCAAACUCCAGGAAUUUCAGUUGUGAAGGUGGAAGAUACUGUGUCCAACUUGAGAGAAGAGAAUCAGAGUACUAAGAAUAGUUUACAACAAGUAUUGCGCGAUUUGCAGUAUGAAAGAGACAGGAAUAGGACUCUAGAAGGCAAACUUAAGGCAGCAGAAAAGAGGAUAUCAGACCUUGACAACAAUCAUGACAAUUUAGCUCUCAUGCUUAUAGAAGAAAGAAGACAUUGGCAACAAGAAGAAGAGAGUUUAAGAUGCAGAUUAAAGGAUGCUUCUGUUACCAUAGACGGGCUGCUCAAGAAAGUGAAGGUGCUAGAAAGUAGGAUAACCUUUAGUUGCAAAACCGAACGUUGA